AUGAACGCGGCGGGAUUCGACGAGCCUCAGGAAUUGAGACGUUCUCUGUCGAAGCCCGUUUGGAGUGUUUUUAGAGAUAAAUCUGCGAUUGAUGGGAUUGAAGCAGCGUUUCUAAAUGCGAUUGCACUUGGGAAGGUAGAAAUCAGAACAUAUUUUCUCUCCACUUCGACCCCUGACCAAUAUUUGUCUCUGUUAAAGAAGAUGAAACGAGGUGGUCAAAGUCUGAGAAAUGAGGACAGAAUCAGCAAUUUGCCAGACGCUUUGCUUCUGGAAAUAUUGUCUUCCCUGCCAACAAAACUUGUCCUAGCCACUAGUGUCUUGUCCAAACGAUGGCGCUCUCUCUGGAAGACGAUGCCGAAUCUUGCAUUUACUUACAACGCUACAAAUGAUCUAAAGAGGUUUUCUGAUAACGUCUGCAAGUGUUUGCUUUCACAACAGGCUCCAGUUCUCCAGAGUUUGCUUCUCAAAAUUGAUUUUGAUGAUGAGAGUAGUAUAGAUUACGAUAUUGGAAUAUUGCUGGGAGUUGCGUUUGGACUUCACGUGCGUGAACUUAAUCUCGAAGUCAACUCUCGGAAAGUUUGCCCUCCGAGAUUUCACCUUCCGAGAUAUCACCGUGAGAACUUGUUCGGAUUUCCUCAGAGCUUGUAUAACUGUGGAACACUAGAGACCUUGAAACUCAGUCAUGACGUUCUCAUAGAUAUCCCAUUUCCGGUUUGUUUGAAGUCUCUCAGAACCCUACGACUUAACGGGGUGAGGUACAAAGACGAUGAGUCAGUUGUCAACCUUUUAAAAGGAUGCUCUCGUCUUGAGAAUUUGGAGGUUAACCUACUCACACAAUCGGAUGUGAAGACCUUCACUAUUGAUUUCCCCUACUUGCAGAGACUAAACAUUUACAGCGUUGGUGAAGUGCUCUAUGUGGUAAAGGCUCCUUCUUUGAAAUACCUAAAGGUUUCAGGGUUUAUAGACUUUGAUUCAAUUCUGAUUGGGAAUACACCUGAGCUGGAGAAGGCAAAUAUUCAGAUCGCUUAUACAAUCUACGAUUACAAUCUGGAAUCCUUCACUUCGGUCAAACGCCUUUCUUUGUUAACACCUGAACCGAUUACAUUUCCUAUCGGUAGUAUCUUCUACAGGCUCGUACAUUUGGAGCUAGAUACGUAUAAUGCCGAGUGGUGGAAACUAGUUAUGCUCAUGCUCGAUGCUUCUCCUAAACUACAGGCCCUCAAGCUCACUGGUUUUGGGCCACGCUCUGAGGAAGAAGAUGAUGUGUCGGAUCAUGGGGAAGAAGAUGAUGUGGCCUAUGAGAAAUGGAGUCAACCGAAGAAUGUUCCUGUAUGUUUGUUGCUCCACCUCCAGACAUUAGUGUGGGAAUCUUACGAAAGCCAGCGGGAAGAGGAUAAAGAGGUGGCCAAGUACAUUCUCAGGAACGCAAGCCAUUUGAAAGAGGCAACUUUUAUAAGCGUGAUGGGAAGUGUUGGAGAGUGUGAAAGUAUGGUCAGGGGAUCGAGUUCAUGUCAGCUUGUGUUCAAAUGA